CACGAGAGACAGUUGUGCAGUUCAAAAGGACAGAGCAAAGAUGGCCUCUUGAACUGAUUCCUUGUAUGAGAAAAAUAUAUCGUGUGAAAUAAGGACGGUGUACCAAUUUUCCAUUCAAUUUGGAAUUAAAUCGGCCACCAAUAUCAUUUUGUUGUACUAAUAUUUAUGUGUGUGACUGAAAUUGGGAAAAUAUGAUUGUACAGGAGCCCGUUCAGGCGUCCAUAUGGCAUUGUCUGAAUCAUUAUGCGUAUGCAGAUGCCAUCUUCCUGGCAGAGAGACUCUUUGCUGAGGUGGACAAUGAGGACACACUUUUCCUCUUAGCAACCUGUUACUACCGAUCAGGAAGAGUGCGUCAGGCUCACGGUUUAUUAUCGAAAAAAGCACCAAGUUCAUCUCAGUGCAGAUUUCUCCUGGCGAAAUGUUGUUUUGACCUGGAAAAGUAUGCCGAAGCCGAGGCAGCCAUCCUCGGUGGUUACUAUAAACAAAUUAAAAAUCUUGAGGACAUUGUGACGCAAUUUGGGGAUCAGGCAUGCUUCUCCCUCCAAAUAAUUGCCAAAAUUUACUACAAGAUGAUGAGAACAGCCAAAGCCAUUGAGGCCCACAAGCUAGCACUCAAGCUGAAUCCCUUCCUCUGGCAUUCAUUUGAAGAACUGUGCAAUGUUGGAGAGAAAGUGGAUCCAUCUAAAAUAUUCCAACUGGAUAAACUCGACAAUUUUGCCAUGUGUCAUGGAACAAAUCAAUUGAACUACAUCUCUGAGCCCGAUUUCAUUGUCCCAAAUACCAAUAACAAUUCACCAAUUCAAAAUAGUAAUAAUAUGACUCCUGCACAAGGUGUUAUUGUAAAUGGUACAUCCCCAUCGAUGAGACUGUACUCAGGAAUGGAAGAGAGUCCACAGUUAGUGUCCAUAAACUACAGUAAUCCACCAACGAUAUCACCACGCGGCAAACCUCCCCGUUACAGAAGUAUGUUCAGUAAUUCGAUGAGUCCUCUCACCCCAAGCUUUGGAAUACUGCCUCUAGAGACUAACACACCUGAACCCAAUGUUCUACCGGCCCACGUGACUCUUACCGAAGCCAACGACCAGAAAAGUCUGGCAAAACGUGUUAGCAGCCUUCGUGCCCAUGUUGGACAAUUAAUGUCGAGAAAGGAGACUCCACUGCAACAAGGCAAGCCAGUAUUUUCGCAAUCGGGGAAUACGAGUAAUACAGCUAAUAUUGUCACUGUUACACCAACAACUCCAACUCCAGCAGCACCAACCCUUCAGGGCCCAAAUGUACGACGUUCCUCGAGGCUCUUUCUCAGCAAUAGUUAUUCCGUCAAAGAGAACAACAAAUCGCCAAACAGAAAUAAAUUUGCAACCCCCAAGUCACCAUCCAGAAAGACCAAAGCCCGUUUAUCAAAGACUAAUUUAAAUAAAACAAAUUUCAAUGAACUUAACGAACGCAAUAGGAGUGAAAAGGAGAAAAAUGAAACGAUAACCUCGGAGAAGAUGGUAGCUACGACGAAUGCACUGAAUCAAAGUAAUGUAUCUCAUUGUGCUCUCCUGGUACAGAAACAAUGUGCUGAAGGUCUUAUGUCGCUUUUACGUGAUUUGGGGAUGGCCUAUCAGAACUUGAGUCAAUUCAAUUGUGUGCAAGCAGUCGAGAUACUUAAUGCACUUCCUACUCAUCAUCACAAUACUGGUUGGGUCUUGUCUAUGCUGGCCAAGGCGUACUUUGAGAUGAAUGAUUAUAAGAAAGCAGCUAGUUACUUUGCAGAAGUCAGGCAACUGGAGCCCCAACGAACAGAUCUAAUGGAAAUAUAUAGUACUGUACUCUGGCACUUGCACUUGGAAGUUCAAUUGUCAACUUUGGCACAGGAACUCGUCGCUGAAGAUCGUAAUUCUCCAGCUGCAUGGUGUGCAACUGGCAACUUAUUUUCAGCACAAACAGAGCAUGAGACUGCCAUAAAGUUCUUUCAACGUGCUAUUCAAGUAGAUCCAAGUUUUCCAUACGCUUAUACACUUUUGGGUCAUGAAUACGUUUUGACUGAGGAACUUGACAAAGCCAUAACAGCCUUCAGAAAUGCUAUUAGACUCGAUCCUAGACACUAUAACGCCUGGUUUGGACUGGGCACAAUAUUCUCCAAACAAGAGCAGUACAGCCUGGCGGAAUUGCAUUUCAAACGUGCGCUGCUAAUAAACCCCCAUCAUUCAGCGAUAAUGUGUCAUAUUGGUGUGGUCCAGCAUGCAUUAAAAAAGACAGAUAAAGCGCUACAAACAUUGAAUAAAGCAAUUGAAAACGCAUCUGACAAUACACUAUGCAAAUUUCAUCGGGCCAGUAUCAAUUUUUCAAUUGGUCGACACACUGAAGCACUCAGAGAAUUCGAAGAACUGAAAAAUAUUGCACCCAAAGAGUCUCUAGUCUACUAUUCAAUAGGAAAAGUUCAUAAAAAAUUAGGCAAUACCCAUCUCGCUUUGAUGUACUUCAGCUGGGCAACCGAUUUGGAUCCAAAGGGAGUCAAUAGUCAAAUCAAAGAGGCUAUCCUCAGUCCUGGCCAGGGUGAGGAAGAUUCUCCCUCAGCUCAAUCUGGAGAUGAUCCACAAGCUGCAAACGUGUCAAUUGAGCAAGAAGCCGAGACGAGUGGAGAAGUAAGUGUUGAAGGUAGUGGUCUAGCGAGAACAGUCAGCAUUGAAGCCCAUGCCGAUGACAGCGACGAUAGUUUAUGAAGACACCGAGUGGGCCGCUCGAGCACGAUACUUGCGGACCGCUUCAACUCAGUGCGUCGCCAUAACGCCCGAACUUAUCGUCGCCAACGGCGUAGACGUCGUCGCCGACGUAUAUCCUGAAACUUUCCCCGCAAUACGGCCCCCCGAAAUUCACCCAAUCCACCGAAUGAAACAAUAAUUUACAAUAUUUUUUAACUAUACAAUAAUCAAAAGAACAAUAUUGUUGUUUGCGUCAUUACGCAUUAUCCUCCAAGCCGAUAGACUUUUUUUUCAUCUAUUGAUAUUGAUAAAAUUGAUAAAAAUGUCAGCAUCAUUUACUCUUCUGAACACAAACGAAACUUGACAGUUUUCCAUCUUUCCUAAGUUCCCUUGCCUUCGAAAAUUGGAAACAAAAAGUAAAAUAAAAUAACAAAAUACCAAAGUAAACUGUCACAACUAUCUUGGUAUCUAAUUCUUCAAUUAAUUCUCCCAACAUGUUUUCUCUUUUCGUUGUAUCUGUACAUUGCGUGUAACGUGUGAUCUGUAUAUUUUUUUACAAUUUUCAUAUCAAACAUUCUUCAUCCACUUAUUCCGUUUACUUUGAUUAUCAAAUCUAGAAGCUAGACUGGAGACAACUACGUCAUCCAGGGCAUAUUCGGAGAAGAAAAAAUUAUUAGGAAAAAGGCUACCUAGAGGAGAGAAAAAAAAAACAAAUGGAAAAAAAAGUGAAUACGAUAUGAGAUUCUUGUGUAAAUGUAAAUUAUGAUCAGUAGUAUUAUUGUAAUCGCUGGUGAACUGGUCAGUCUGCUCGUUCGUUGAAUAAAACUUACGUUAAAAUAGAAUAAAAGAAAGACCGUGCAAUAUAUCUAUUAUCUGCUCCUCAUGUUUCCAAAUGGGACAAGAAGAACAAGAAGAAGAAAAAACUAUGAUUCAAUAAUAACGAUGUCAAGCAAAUUAUGAUAAAGAACACGAAUGUAGCGUAUGGAGCUAUAAAUAUAUAUAUCUACAUGAAA